AUGUCUUAUCGUGUUAACAAUGCAGAAAUUGAGGGACAACAUCCACUUCUAAAAGUUACUCCUGUCAGAUUCCUUUGGAUCAGACUUGUUUUGAUUAUCAUUAUUUCCAUAAUGACAGGCUGUAUGUUCGCAUUGGCCUUGAGAUGGAGUAAAAAGUUGUAUAACUGGUUUCUAUUUACUCCUUGCAAUGUUGAAGAGACGGGAACACAUUAUAGGGUAGAUACAUAGAAUGGUCAAUAAUUUACAUUAGAAAAGUAACAGAUGAAUGGCAUAUACUAUUUUACAUUCAGACUUCUUAAAUAUGCAUUUGAUCCAAAAACACAGUGUUAUUAGCCAAUUGAAUUUGAAACUGACGGCAAGAUAAUCAAAGAUAUAAUAGCUAAUCGUAAUGUAUUAACUCAAAAUUUGAAAAUAUAAUACUAUGGGAAAUGUCAACUCUAAAUUCCAAUUCAACCCCUCGCUGAGUUCUUAUUCGAGCACCUAACCGGCCCAUUCAAUAUUCUCUAGUAUUUUGCCGUUGCUGUAUGGUUUGCUCAAAAUUCGAUCACAUUCCCAAUCCUAAUUUUGGCAUUCACAGCAAUUGCAGUUAUAGUCAACUAUAUCUUGUACAGAAGAUCAAGGAGUCUCUUGCAGAAAUUAGCUAAUAUCCAUCAGAAUGUAAUAUUGAAGAGUGAUACGUUAAGAACUGUGAAUGGAUCUGAAUUGCUUCCAGGAGAUUACAUAAUUUUAUAGGAAGGAUAAUAAUUGAAUUGUGAUUGUGCUAUUCUUUAAGGAGAUGUCAUGGUAAAUGAGGCAACAUUGACAGGCGAAAAUGUACCAAUACCAAAAACAGCCUUGCCUGAUCAUUCAGUUAAAUUCAAUUUCGAAUCAUUAAAUCAACAUUGUCUAUUUGAAGGGACUAGUAUAGUGAAAGUGAAUACAACAACAGAGAAUGUGGCAAUAGUGCUAAGAACUGGAUUUAGUUCUUUAAGAGGAUAAUAUUUUAGAAAUGUUCUAUUCCCUGCACCUCCCUCAUAAAGAUUCUAUGUCCAAGCCGCUAAAUUUAUUUUAACUUUUGCAACAAUAAUAGCUAUAGUCUAUGGCUUUAUGUUAAUAAAAUAUAUCCCCAUGGAAUUCAAAACAAGUCUCUUAGUAUUAAGAUUCCUUGAUAAUAUUGUUUGGUCAAUACCUCCUUCGAUGCCUAUCUUCUUUAACAUUUGUAAAACAGCUAGUUUAGUUAGACUGAGUUCAAUCGGCAUUAAUGGUAGUAAUGCUGAUAAGAUUGAAUCUGCUGGUCGUAUUGACACUUGUUGUUUUGAUAAAACAGGCACACUUACUACUCUGGGAUUGAAAGCAAUCAAAGUAUGGACUCAUGAUCAAUCAUUAGAAUAAAUUGCUAAUUAUAUUUUAGCAUGUUGUCAUCAUCUUCUAUUAAUUAAUGGGGAAUUGCAAGGUGAUCCUUUGGAAAUAGAGAUGUUAAACUUUAUUGGUUGGUAGAUUAAUUUUGAAGGCAAAUCCUUCUUUUCAGUUAAAAAAGAUCAAUAAGAAUUUGAAAUCAUUAAGAUCUUUGACUUUAGUUCAGCAAGACAAAUGAUGAGUGUCAUAGCAACUGAUGGAACUAAUUUCUAUUUAUUUUCUAAAGGAUCUCCAGAAAUGAUUAAUUAAUAAUCUCAAGACAAAAAGUAAGUUGUUUUAGAUGAAGUGAAGAAAUACGCAUCAAAUGGAUUCAGAGUCUUGGGAUUGGGUUAUCGCAAAUUAAAUAAUAACCAAUUAGAUCUACAAAGAGAAGAAUUAGAAACACAAUUGAAUAUCGUUGGAAUGUUUGUUUUAGAAAAUCCCCUCAAAGAUGAUACUCCUUAAGUAAUAUAAACCUUAAGAAACAGUGGAUUGGAUAUUAAGGUGAUUUCAGGGGAUAGUCCUUUAACUACUAUCUAUUGCGCUAAAAUAUCUGGAAUCAUUGAUUUCAACUCUGAAGUUGUGAUUUUAGAUUAUAAUUCAACUAAAAGAUAAAUAGUCAUCUUUGAUAAUGAUAAUCAAGCUAAUUAUGAUGAAAAUGCCAUAGAAAACCAAAAUUUAAUUGAAUAAAUUAUUCAAAAUCCUAAAAUGACUGCACUGACUGGCAAAUUCUUAGAAUUUAUUUCUAAAUUCUUAACAGUUGCCAAUCCAAAUAGAGAAACAAGUCUCAGUAUGACAUAAAACAAUUCAUCAAAUCAAAUUUUCUCAGAUAAUAAUGCAAUUGAAUUCGAUGAUACCAAAAUGAAGGAAAUAACUAAGAAAUUAAUUUCAAAGACUAGAGUUUUCGCCAGAUAAAAGCCAGAACAAAAGAAAUAAAUUGUUGCAUUGCUCCAAGAUAUGGGAAGAUAAGUCAUGAUGACUGGAGAUGGAGCCAAUGAUUGUUCAGCUAUAGCUUAGGCAUAAGUAGGAAUUUCAUUCAGUGAAUCUGAUGCUUCAUAUACUGCACCAUUUAGUUCAAAAUCAACUUCAUUAAAAUGUUGUGUCUAAGUCUUAGCAUAAGGAAAAGCAGCCAUAAUGACUAUAAUUGAGGUGUUUUAAUAUCAACUGAGUGUUAAUGGAAUUAAAUUUGCUGCUGUUACCAUAAUGUUUUUAGAAGUGCAGAAUUUUUCUGAAUUUUAAACUGUUUAUGUUGGAUUCAUUUCCAAUAUUCCCUUAUUAAUUUUCCUAUGCAUUUCUUCCCCUGCCACAGAACUAGCGGAAUAUAUACCUUUAGAUGAUCAAUUCUCCUAUUAAAAUCAAAUUCAAAUCUACACUAAUAUUUUCUUUGCUGUUUUGGGUUUAUGUAUCAAUUACGGUAUUCUUACUACGACAGAUAGAUUCUUUGAAUAUUCUAAACCUAUUGAGAAGUUUUAAAGAGAGGGAUACUUGAAUUCAAUCAUGUUUUUAAGUUUGAUGUAUUACUUCAUGUCUUUUGGAGUAUCAAUUUACGUAUCAAACCCUUUUAAAGUCAAAUACUAUAAAAACAUCUUACUAACAUUAUGGACAACUCUUGGUUUUGUUGUUGCAAUAGUAUCAUUCAUAUUCCCUCAAAGAGCUAGCUGGUGUGAUGUAAUCGACAUUAAGGAAGACACUUUCUAAGGAUUUAAUUGGGUUGUUUUAUCAGUUGUCAUAGUAACAUCUUUUCUUGGAUUUUUUUCCCAGGCCCUUCUUUAAAGAUAUAUACCAUCAAUGUAUAAAAUAACACAUAAAUCAUGA